AUGUCUAGCAAAACAGGAGAAAUCGACGAGAGUUUGUACUCUCGUCAAUUGUACGUCCUUGGUAAAGAGGCCAUGUUGAAAAUGCAACAUUCAAAUGUAUUGGUAGUGGGUUUAAAGGGUUUAGGUGUAGAGAUCGCUAAAAAUGUUGUAUUGGCAGGUGUGAAAUCUAUGACCCUUUAUGAUCCAAGUCCAAUUAGUUUACAAGAUUUAUCAACACAAUUCUUCUUAACAGAAUCCGAUGUUGGUCAAAAGAGAGAUCUAAUAUCAAUGGAAAAAUUAAAAGAAUUAAACUCUUAUGUGCCAGUUAAAAUUUUAGACCGUAUCGAUCAAAAUUUCAAUAAUUUACUGGAUUUUCAAGUUAUCGUCAUCACAGAUCUAUUGACCUUGGAAGAUAAAAUUAAAAUGAAUGAUUUCUGCCAUAAGCAUAAUAUUAAGUUCAUCUCUACUGAAACUCACGGUUUAUUCGGUAACGUUUUCGUAGAUUUUGGUGACGAAUUCACAGUCAUCGAUCCCACCGGUGAAGAACCACGCACAGGUAUCAUCUCAGAUAUCGAACCUAAUGGUACCAUCACAAUGUUAGAUGAUAACAGACAUGGUUUAGAAGACGGUAACUAUGUCAAGUUCUCAGAAAUCGAAGGUCUAGAAUCCUUGAAUGAUGGGGCUUUACAUAAAGUUGAAGUCUUGGGUCCAUUCGCUUUUAAAAUAGAUCAUGUAGAUAAUUUAGGUACUUACGUCAAAGGUGGUGUAUUCACCGAAGUUAAAGUACCAAAGAAAUUGUCAUAUAAGAACUUAUUCGAUUCUCUACAAACUCCUGACUUUUUAUUUUCAGAUUUUGCCAAAUUCGAUAGAACCGCGCAAUUACACUUAGGUUUCCAAGCUUUACAAUACUUCAAGUUAAAAAAUAAUGGCCAACUACCAAGACCAAUGAAUGAAGAAGAUGCAAACCACUUGGUUAAAUUGGUAACUGAUUUGGCAGUCCAACAACCUAAUGUUUUGAACAUUGCUGAAGGUGAUGAACCACAAAUUGAUAAAGAAUUGAUCAAGGAAUUAUCAUAUCAAGCUAGAGGUGAUAUUCCAGGUGUUGUUGCAUUUUUUGGUGGUUUAGUUGCGCAAGAAGUUUUGAAAGGUUGUUCUGGUAAAUUUACCCCAAUUCAACAGUUCUUAUACUUUGACUCCUUGGAAUCAUUACCCAACUCCAAGAGUUUCCCAAGAACCACAGAAUCAACCAAACCUAUCAAUUCAAGAUAUGAUAACCAAAUUGCCGUUUUUGGUGUUGACUUUCAAAAGAAAAUCGCCAAUUCUAAAGUAUUUUUGGUGGGUUCUGGUGCCAUUGGUUGUGAAAUGUUAAAAAACUGGGCCUUAUUGGGUCUAGGUUCUGGUGAAAAUGGUGGAAUUACUGUUACCGAUAACGACUCUAUUGAAAAAUCCAACUUGAACCGUCAAUUCUUGUUCAGACCAAAGGAUGUCGGAAGAAAUAAAUCAGAAGUUGCUGCUGAUGCUGUAAUUGCCAUGAAUCCUGAUUUGAAAGGUAAAAUAGAACCUAAGAUUGAUAAAGUUGGUCCUGAAACUGAAGAUAUCUUCAGUGAUGCCUUCUGGGAGUCUUUGGACUUUGUAACCAACGCCUUAGAUAAUGUUGAUGCACGUACGUAUGUUGACCGUCGUUGUGUUUUCUACAGAAAACCAUUAUUGGAAUCAGGUACUUUGGGUACAAAGGGUAAUACUCAAGUAAUUAUUCCAAGAUUGACUGAAUCAUACUCCUCUUCUAGAGAUCCACCAGAAAAAUCAAUUCCUCUAUGUACAUUGCGUUCUUUCCCAAAUAAAAUCGACCAUACAAUUGCCUGGGCUAAAUCCCUAUUCCAAGGGUAUUUUGCUGAUACUCCAGAAAAUGUUAACAUGUACUUAACUGAACCAAACUUCAUUGAAAACACUAUGAAACAGAGUGGUGAUGUCAAGGGUAUUUUCGAAUCAGUCUCUGAUUCUUUAUCAAACAGACCAACUGACUUCGAUGAUUGUAUUAAAUGGGCAAGAUUAGAGUUCGAAAAGAAAUUCAAUCAUGAUAUCCAACAAUUAUUGUAUAACUUUCCAAAAGAUGCAAAGACAUCAAAUGGUGCACCAUUUUGGUCUGGUCCAAAACGUGCUCCUUCUCCACUAGUCUUUGCUAUCGAUAAUCCAGAUCACUUCCACUUUGUUGUUGGCGGUGCCAAUUUACGCGCUUUCAAUUAUAACUUACAAGGAGGUGGAGAUGAACCAGACGUUUCACAUUAUAAGUCUGUUAUUGACAGCAUGAUUAUCCCAGAUUUUACACCAAGUGCUAAUGUCAAGAUUCAAGUCAACGAUGAUGAUCCAGAUCCAAAUGCCAACAAUCCAAGUGAUGAUUUGGAAUCCUUGGCAAAAUCAUUACCAAACCCAUCUACUCUAUCAGGAUUCAAGUUAGCGCCAGUUGAAUUUGAAAAGGACGAUGAUUCUAAUCAUCAUAUUGAAUUUAUUUCAGCAUGUUCUAACUGUAGAGCCUUGAACUAUUUUAUUGAACCUGCCGAUCGUCAAAAGACCAAAUUUAUAGCAGGUCGUAUUAUUCCAGCUAUUGCUACAACUACCGGUUUAGUUACUGGUUUAGUAAACUUGGAAUUGUAUAAAGUCGUUGAUGGAAAGACCGAUAUUGAACAAUACAAGAAUGGUUUUGUUAAUUUGGCUUUACCAUUCUUCGGAUUUUCUGAACCAAUUGCUUCUCCAAAGGGUCAGUAUAAUGGUAAGGAAUAUGAUAGGAUCUGGGAUAGAUUUGAUAUUAAAGGUGACAUCAAAUUAUCAGAUUUGAUCGAACACUUUGAAAAAGAAGAAGGAUUAGAAAUCACCAUGUUAUCAUAUGGUGUCUCCCUAUUAUAUGCCUCAUUCUUCCCACCUAAAAAGCUAAAGGAAAGAAUGAAUUUAACAAUUUCCGAAUUGGUGAAGUUUGUUACUAAAACUGAACUUCCUUCUCAUGUACGUACUAUGAUCUUAGAAAUUUGUGCAGAUGAUAAAGAAGGUGAAGAUGUCGAAGUUCCUUAUAUUGUUAUCAAUUUAUAA